UCCUUUCAUUUCGUUUCUCGGUAUAUUUCGUGUUGGACGUGUGCGGUCGUCAGAGAAAUUGGUGAAAUUCUGUGAAUUUUACUGUUCAAUUAUUCGUUAAACUAGCGUUACAUAUCGCGUAAGUAGCAAAAACGAUGAGGAACUUUGUGUAUGCCGUCGUGUUGGGUCUGUUUGCCCUGAGCCACCUGGGUGUUGCUAACGAGGACAGCUCCGCCCGGUUGUUGGUGUCAAAGCAGAUUUUGAACAAAUACCUCGUAGAGAACCGAGACAUUGUUGUCAAGUACACACUGUACAACGUUGGAUCCGGAGCUGCCGUUAAUGUACAGUUAGUUGACAACGGUUUCCAUCCCGAGGCAUUCACCGUCGUUGGAGGUCAGCUGACGGCUACCAUCGAUCGCAUUGCCCCACAGACCAACGUCACCCAUAUCGCUGUGGUGCGACCAAAGGCCUACGGUUACUUCAACUUCACCGCAGCCGAGGUCAACUACCAGCCCGCGGAGGAAGUCACCGAACUGCAGUUCGCCGUCAGCUCCGAGCCCGGUGAGGGUGCCAUCGUUGCCGAGGCUCAGUUCAACAAGCAAUUCUCUUCGCAUUACCUGGACUGGUUUGCGUUCGCCAUCAUGACCCUGCCAUCGUUGGCCGUCCCCUACGGACUGUGGUUCAGUUCCAAGUCGAAGUACGAACUGUUGUCCAAACCAACGAAGAAAGUUAACUAAGAGCUAAGGGUUUAGAAUAGGUCGACAACCUUUUCCAUGUUUGAGAGGAAUGUGUGAAUGCGAGGCAGAUUUUUACUGCUUCGAGUUUCCUCCGAGUGGUAUGGGUGGAUAUUCUGUUUUUGGAAAGACUAAUUUAUUACACAUAAGAACGCUUUUUCUGUUCCACAAUUCUCAUCACUCUUAAGCCACCCAGUUUUUUUUUGGUUGUUGUUGCCGUUUUAUAAGUUCGAACAAGAGUAGAAAGAAUCGAGUUAGGGAAGAGGAAGGUGUUGCAUUUUUUUGUACUCUGGCAGCAACAUAAAGCAAUGCAGGAAUCAGGCUUUAGUUUGUUACAUCGAGUCGUACCAUCAAAUAAAAAAAGAGAUUGAAAACUGAA